AUGACCAGAUUGAUGACAGAGAUAGCAGGAUUUCCAUUGACUUGUUUGAAGUGCAGCUCGAGUGAUGUUAAUGGCAGUUGUCGCAGUGGAAGCAAACCUCGUAGGGGAAAUCGGCCAAGACAAGUGUGCCGUGGUGAUAAAGCAAAAUGUUUUGCGGUAGCAUCAGUUAACGAUUACGGACAGUCACAUUUUCAACGAGGUUGUACCCGUUCAAAUAACAUCUGCGAAGAAAGAGAAGACGUCGAUAUUGCUUUUUGCUUGACCUGUAAAUCUUUACAUUGCAACUACGAUUACAUGCUACUCAACGCAACUUUAGAAGAAAUUCUUAACAUAGUCAAUAAUGAUCAAAUUCGAGAGGAAAACUUCACACCAGCCUCUUUAACUACCACCUCAACUGUAUCAGUCACUACUCCGCCACAUGUUUAUAAAACAACAAAGAGUCCUUUGGCGGAUACGAAGACAUCUCGCUUGAAUCCCGUGAACGUCAAAUCAGAAUCUAAAGAUGAACUUCAAGAAAAUCUUCCGGAGGAUGGAUUUUUUGAAUUUGAUAAAAGAAUUCCAACACAACUGAGCAAUAAAAUUUCAGACGUAACGUUCUUUGACGAUGCCUUUACUUUAUCUGCAAAAAAAUCAAUAAUGGAUAAACAACUCGUUGAUAUAGAUGUUAGAAGUUCAUAAUACUCAUCCAUUUAUAAAUUUUGUUGAAAGUAAAUGUUUAUCUUAACCACCGUUAUUUAAGGUUAUCCUUAUUCUGUAGCUGGUUGUAUAAGCGACUAAAGUUGAGUCCAGGGUUCUUUACCCAUGCAUAGGGAUGGCGGUUUUUGACAAAACACUGGUUUUCGGUUAUACCGGUUUUUUUUGCUUACGGUUUAACCUGGCGGUAAUAACCGGCCAAAAAAAACCGAUUUUUGCAAAAACCGGUUUUUGCAAAAACCGAUUUUCGGUUUUUUUAAUCCAAUAGGUUACAAAGUUACAUUUACAAUACACUUUAGUUUGCGAUACUCCAUUCGACUCGAUACCAAUAUGAUCAAAAUUAGUACUAUCGAAAGAUUAUGUAUUACUUUUAACACGUUUGUAUAUUUGUAGAAUAGGUACAUUUUAACUCAUUUAAUACUUCCUGUAUGAGUGUAUCGUUUUGAAAGCGUAGCGAAAUUCUUGCAGAUUCGUAUUCGUAAUCAGUAAUUCGAUAGUCAUAGUCAGAGCAUUAUUUUUGGUAAUCAGAAAAAGUCAUUCACCCACAUUCAAUGUCAAGAGUUAAGUGUAAAAAAUAGAUGAUGUUUGCGUCUAAUUCAAUCAGAUCACUUCUUAUGUAAAUA